AGCAAUCCCCAGUUUGCGCGUGGUUUCCAAGGCUAACUUCUCGCGAGAUUACAACGUGAACGGGGCUGGAGUGUUUUCGCUUGGCACGCGGGCCAGGAAGGUUCUCGAAGAAAGGCUUUGAUGUGAGUCUGCUGCUUGUUGUCUUCAUACAAAGGAUUAUCUGAUAGGGGGAAGAUGGUGAAGGAAACAGGUUUUUAUGACACACUCGGUGUUAAACCGAACGCAACUCACGAUGAACUUAAAAAAGCCUACCGUAAAUUAGCCUUAAAGUAUCACCCUGACAAAAACCCUACUGAAGGAGAAAAGUUCAAACAGAUCUCACAAGCAUACGAGGUGCUAUCAGAUGCCAAGAAGAGAGAGGUGUAUGACCGUGGAGGUGAAAAGGCUAUAAAAGAAGGUGGAACAAGCGGCAGCAGCGGAGGGGGUGGUUUCACAUCCCCCAUGGAUAUCUUCGACCUGUUUUUUGGUGGAGGCAGUCGGAUGCACAGAGAACGAAAAGGAAAGAAUAUUGUCCAUCAGAUCACUGUGACCCUGGAGGAUCUUUACAACGGAGCAACCAGAAAACUCUCCGUACAGAAGAACUGCAUUUGUGAGAGAUGUGAAGGUCGUGGAAGUCGUAAAGGAGCUGCACAGAUGUGCAUGUCCUGCCAUGGUACUGGAGUGCAGGUCCGCAUGCAUCAGUUACUUCCCGGUAUGGUUCAGCAAGUGUCCACGGUGUGCCACAGCUGUCAGGGAGAAGGACAGAGAAUCAGCCAGAAGGACCGCUGCAAAACAUGCGGAGGACGCAAGAUCAUGCGGCAGAAGAAGAUCCUGGAGGUUCACAUCGACAAAGGAAUGAAAGAUGGGCAGAAGAUCAUUUUUCAUGGUGAGGGGGACCAGGAGCCAGGGCUGGAACCAGGUGAUAUCAUCAUCGUCCUCGACCAGCAGGAGCAUGCAGUUUUUACACGGAGAGAAGAAGACCUGCUGAUGUCGAUGGAACUGCAGCUGGUCGAGGCUUUGUGUGGUUUUAAGAAACCGGUUCAGACGCUGGAUGGCAGAACUCUCCUGGUCACAUCCCAUCCAGGAGAGCUAAUUAAACCUGCAGACACAAAGUGUGUCCUGAAUGAGGGGAUGCCCAUGUAUCGCAGACCUUUCGAGAAAGGACGUCUUAUUAUUCAUUUCUCGGUGGUGUUCCCGCAUGCCAAUUUCCUCCCCAAGCACAAGCUGAAGGAGCUGGAGCACUACCUCCCUAGAAAGGUGGACACAGAGGAGAUGGACAGCAUGGACGAAGACCUCUACAUCUAUGCCGACCUGGAGGACUGUGACUUGGAAAGCAGACGAAGACACAGGCAUCAGUACUACUACAUGGACGAGGACGACUACUCCAGCACCGGCGGCGUUCAGUGCCACACGUCUUAAGUCCCAUCUUGAGACCAAAAUCCCCAUCUCUGAUGCAAUGCACCUUUUUGGACUUUUGUGCACAUUUUUCAUUCCAUCAACUUAUUUUACUUUUAAUUUCCGUCCUAGCACAAUUUUAAAUGUCUGGACUCUCUAUUUGUCAGCGGAUUGUGUUUUUUUGGACUUGACCUUAAGUUCCACAUUCUUCUUGUGACCAUAGCUCCAUUUACACUAGCCUUUUUGAAACUGCUCUCAUUGAAAUUUGGGGCGGAGGAUGCUAUCCAGGCACAUAAGUUCCUUAAUGUUAUGGGCGUCGCCAUUUUUGUUUGCAUAAUUCCCGCCUUGAGAUCUGUAGUAUCAUGGACCACAGCUAAAAGGCAAGGAACCAUGCUAGGGUGAUGUAUAAAUGGUCGUAAGAACCGAGCUCGGCCCGGUUAACUGAUCCAACCUCCAUCUGACCGCGGCACGGAUCAGUUUCAGAAGGCUAGUGUAAACGAGGCACAUAUUUCAAUCUUUUUUGUUGUUCUAAAGCACUGUGGUUAAACAUGAGGGUUGUUAUCCCAGUGUCUUUAGACAAAUUUAAAGCAUUUACACUAAAACUGAUGCCAAUAUUCCUUUAAAGAUAACCUGAUUUUAAGUGGUGUUACUUGCUGGUUGUAAACAAUUUGUUAAUGACUGUUGGUUGUUUUAAGAAGCUUUCAGAUCGAGAACUGUGCUGAAACUUGAUUUGAAUUUUUGAUGCUGACUUACCCUUUAAAGGGCUAUUAUGAGACAGUUUUAAUGAAUCUUAAAAUGUGACUGGAAGAUGUGAGUUUGAACAAAGGGGGCAGUACUUUUAAAGGUUCAAGCCACUAAAUUGUAGAUAUUUCAAGCUGAUAUUUAAGUUUAGUAUUUCACUCAUUCUUAGCUUCAGUUCUGUCUUGGGUUUGAUAUCAGAUGUUUAACUGAGUGUUUUCUGUGCGUGGUUGUUAAAAAAGAAAGCAAUUUACAGAUGUUUAAAACCCUCCAAUCAUGUGAUUUGCGAACGUUAUUGGUUGUAACCCCAGGGUAUAAAGUGCCUGUUGUAGCUACAUUGUCAAAUGAAGAUUAACCAAGGUGUGGAUUCCUUAUGUAAAGACGUGGUCAAAAAGUCGGCAGAAAAAGAUGCACAUAAAUUAGGAAUUCAGACAACUAAUCAAAGUACAAAGAGGAAUAUUUUGGUGCGUUUGUAUUGGUACCGAAGUUGAUCAUUGUCAUGUAAAAACCAGAUGGGAUCUGCAAGGUUCCAGAGGGAUUUAAAUGGGGCAAGUCUUGUACCUCAUUAAAGUGUCGUCUUUUUCAACGCCUUAUAAAUCAACUUGAAGUAGCUGGAUGAUGCGGUGGUCGUCUCCUGACGUUGGUUAGCAGAACUGCUUCCACAAGGACGCAUUCAGGAGAUCAUCUCCUCAAAGCAGGUUCUAUUUGAAAGUAUUCAAGGUGUGAUGAAUGAUUCUGAAGUAAGUUAGCUAGAGUGUUCUUUUAACUCCAUUGAUGUUCGGACCAAGAAUGUGAUCAUGUUUUGUUAAUAAAUAGCAUUUUGGGGUCUUAAGUCA